AUGAGGAUGUUCAUCGACUAUCGAGAACUAAAUAUUAUGACGAUCAAGAACAGAUAUCAUUUGCCCCUUUUAGACGAUAUUUUUGAUCAACUACAAGGGUCUAUAGUGUUCUUGAAGAUCGAUUUGCGGUCAAGCUUAACGAACGCACUAGCCGCGUUCAUGGAUCUUAUGAACCAAGUAUUUAAGGAAUAUUUGGAUAAGUUCGUUGUGGUGUUCAUAAACGAUAUAUUAAUCUACUCAAAGAUGAAAGCCGACGUAGAAGUAGAUCUAGCCAAGAUUGAAGCAGUGAAGGACUGGCCAAAACCUAAGAGCGCCAUUGAGGUGAGGAGCUUUCUGAGCUUGGCGGGAUACUACAGACGAUUUGUUGAAGGGUUCUCCAAAAUAGCUACACACUUAACAAAUAUAACAAGGAAGCAACAGAAGUUCACAUGGACAAAGAACUGUGAAGAAAGCUUUCAAACAUUAAAGGACAAGCUCAUAUCAGCCCUAGUUUUGUGUGUCCCAUAUGAUAAAGGCAAGUUUGUAGUAUAUUGUGAUGUGUCAAAACAAGGUCUUGGAUGCGACUUGAUGCAAGAUGAGAAAGUGAACUCAUACGCCUUGAGACAGCUAAAGGAGCACGAGUAG